AUGGCCAACUUACUCAUGAAGAACUCUCCAGACACCAAGCAUAAUGCCUUGAAGAAAACCAUCGUCGUCUGUGUCUUCAAAUGCCCGCUUAGGGACACGCUCCGCGCCGCGCAGUCCUUGACUGAAGACGAAAUUGCAGAUGAAUUGUUCAAGGACGUUGAUGAGUCUGAUAUUGACGACUCAGAUAUAGAUGAAGAUUAUACCCAGCCAGAAGAAAUCGAAACAACGGAGAGUGAGGGGGAACAUGUGGGUGCCACGAGGGUGAGGAUGCCUCUCGAGGCUGCUACUCAACACCACUCAACACCACCCCGCGCCCAAGCACAUCGUUCAUCUAUACCACUGCACGUUUAUGAUACGAUUGACGAGUCUGAAACAAGUGAAUCUUUCUCAGGCUUUAGUGAUGAAGAGUUGGAGAAUAGUGUUACCCCCAGUGCCAUUGUAGUGACGGAAGUGGUUGCGGUGAUAGUUAUAGUGACGGAAGUGGUUGUGGUGAUAGUUAUAGUGACGGAAGUGAUUGUGGUGAUAGUUAUAGUGACGGAAGUGGUUGCGGUGAUAGUUAUAGUGACGGAAGUGAUUGUGGUGAUAGUUAUAGUGACGGAACUGGUUGUGGUGAUAGUUAUAGUGACGGAAGUGGUUGUGGUGAUAGUUAUAGUGACGGAAGUGGUUGUGGUGAUAGUUAUAGUGACGGAAGUGGUUGUGGUGAUAGUUAUAGUGACGGAACUGGUUGUGGUGAUAGUUAUAGUGACGGAACUGGUUGUGGUGAUAGUUAUAGUGACGGAACUGGUUGUGGUGAUAGUUAUAGUGACGGAACUGGUUGCGGUGAUAGUUAUAGUGACGGAACUGGUUGCGGUGAUAGUUAUAGUGACGGAACUGGUUGUGGUGAUAGUUAUAGUGACGGAACUGAUUGCGGUGAUAGUUAUAGUGACGGAACUGGUUGCGGUGAUAGUUAUAGUGACGGAAGUGAUUGUGGUGAUAGUUAUAGUGACGGAAGUGAUUGUGGUGAUAGUUAUAGUGACGGAAGUGAUUGUGGUGAUAGUUAUAGUGACGGAAGUGAUUGUGGUGAUAGUUAUAGUGACGGAAGUGGUUGUGGUGAUAGUUAUAGUGACGGAAGUGAUUGUGGUGAUAGUUAUAGUGACGGAAGUGGUUGCGGUGAUAGUUAUAGUGACGGAAGUGAUUGUGGUGAUAGUUAUAGUGACGGAACUGGUUGUGGUGAUAGUUAUAGUGACGGAACUGGUUGUGGUGAUAGUUAUAGUGACGGAUCUGGUUGCGGUGAUAGUUAUAGUGACGGAACUGGUUGCGGUGAUAGUUAUAGUGACGGAACUGGUUGCGGUGAUAGUUAUAGUGACGGAACUGGUUGCGGUGAUUGUUAUAGUGACGGAACUGGUUGUGGUGAUAGUUAUAGUGACGGAACUGGUUGUGGUGAUAGUUAUAGUGACGGAACUGGUUGUGGUGAUAGUUAUAGUGACGGAAGUGAUUGUGGUGAUAGUUAUAGUGACGGAAGUGGUUGUGGUGAUAGUUAUAGUGACGGAACUGGUUGUGGUGAUAGUUAUAGUGACGGAAGUGAUUGUGGUGAUAGUUAUAGUGACGGAAGUGGUUUUAGUAAUAGUUGUAGUGACGUAA